AUCCUUAUACAAGAUUACCACAGUAUUUUUGGAAGGUAAUUUUGCAGUUUCCUGAUGCUUUUCCCAUGGUUAUCCAUUGACCCUAGUAUACUAGGGGUGUUACGGUGCAUUGUGUAUAGUUAAAUCGUGGUACAUUUUUACAUGAUGUAUCGUGCUUGAAUUAUGUAUCGUUUGUAUUGUGAUACAUGAACAACAGCACAACAUAGCGCAUUGUAGAUCACCGAACUGUUCUUGAAUGAAUAUUAAGUGUGUUUUAUAGUUGGUAUGGAUACACACUCUCCCUGUCUCAUUUAAUGUUAGUCUUUUAACAAAAUGGUCCAUCAUUAAAUGACCAUUUGAUCUUGCAUCGUACAAGAAGCCAAUCAAUCGAAUCACAUGUAUUGUGAUACACGCGUAUCGUGAGAUUGAUGUAUGGUUACACCCCUAUAGUUUACCAUGGUUUGCCAUGCUUGAUCACACCUCUCCAGGCUUUACUAUGACUACCUAUGCUUUACCAUUUUUUUUACUAUCCUCUAUCACACUUUGCUAUUCUUUUACAAUGGGAAACCUUUAUAAGGGUAAUCCUGGAAGAAACUCACAACAUUACUAGCAGUUGCAACAAAUAUAUUUCACGAUAUAUGUGAACCUCAUUUCUUAAAAAAAGAACAUUUAAGCCAUUUACCUUGGCCACAAUAAAACACUAACAGAACAACUCACCUCACAGUAAUAACCUGUACAGCUGCUCAAGGGGAGCUAAAGUACAUUCCAGAGAGUAAGCCACGGUAUGCAUGCAUAUUAACAUGAUCAAGUUCUUUCCACUUUUCACCAUUUCCAGUAUUAUUGGUCAUUUCCAGUAUUAUAGUUUCCAUUGCUGGUGGUAUGAACAUUACUGAGGCUAAAUCAUGAAUGUGAGUAACAGCUUAAAGUAGGCCCAGGAAACGUUUUGAUGACAUUGAAAUUGACAGCCUACCUUAAUUCAUACAAUGUUAUAUUUCCAUCUUCUGACUUGAGUGUUUCAUCCACAUUAGAAGCAAUGGGCUGGUGGGGAGAGUUUGAUUUUCCACCUCUUCCCUUUGAUGUUGAAGGAGAAACCAUGGCAGAUUCAGCGUCUUCAGACUCAUCAGAGGAUUAUUGUCUUGAGUUUGUGACACUUCCUCUUCUACUUCACUGUCUCUGUCCAGCUCUGUUAAGAUGUACUGGUCUGAUAACCACUUCAGCUGCUCAUUGUUUAACCUCUUUAUCAGAGAGAUGCUGUUACUGGCAGAGACAAUGAGCCUCUACUAGCCUCUGUCUUGUAGAGAUUUAUAUAAACCUUGUUUAUAAACACCUCUCCAGACAGGAGCAGACAUUUCCAGACAUAAUAAUAAUAAUAAUAAUAAUAGACCAGGUGAAAGCAUUUUAUUUUCUUCUUGCAUACAAAGUUACAUCGAUAAAUACCUCUGGUCAUAUUGACCACCAUAUUGACAUCAGUUAUAAAAAUAAAUAAACAUAUCAAACAUAUCAGGCGGCUGUGUAGUCCAGUGGUUAAAGAAAAGGGCUUGGAAUGAGAAGGUCUCCGGUUCAAAUCCCACCUCAGCCACUGACUCAUUGUGUGAUCCUCAACAAGUCGCUUAACCUCCUUGUGCUCUGUCUUUCGGGUGAGAUGUAAUUGUAAGUGACUCUGCAGCUGAUGCAUAGUUCACACACCCUAGUCUCUGUAAGUCACCUUGGAUAAAGCCGUCUCCAAAAUAAUAAAGUUCUUAUUUUAUGUUCAUAAGUUCGUGACCUCAAAAUCCUAUUUUUGAACAAUGACAAUCACUCUUAAAACAUCAGCUUUUUUACAUUUUAACACACUUUUAAUACAAUUUAACUCUCUUAUUUUAAAGAGAAAAUACCUAUUUUUUUUUUAGCAUUGAGCAUACAAAUACAAAAAACAUACAGUAAUUAAAAUACAGUUGACAGCUGUAUGUUGGGUUAAAUUAAACACACGCACACACGCGAAGCAUUUUUGUUAUUCUCCUCUAGGUAGCGUCUCUUCGAAUGUGUGUUGUUUUUAUUUUUCGUAUUUAAUGUUUUCGCGUGCACCGGCUGCAGUGAUUGGACGGUUGUGUCUCGCGCAUGGUUGGAAUUCUCCGCUGUUGCGCGAGGCGGAGACAGAGACAGAGAUAGAGAACGAAAACGAGUGAGCGAGACAGACAGGGAAAGAGAGAGAAAGGUAUAGAGGGAGACCAAGACCGAGAGAGGAUCGCCGUACGAUCAAAAUUGUAAUUAAAAAUACUAAAUAUAUCGGGCUCACACGUUUAACGUUUGAAUUGGGAUUAUACAGUACUAGUACUAACAUCUGGAGCGGUAUUCUGCCUGCAAUGUUGGUUUUGUCCUGCAAGUUAAAGCUGGAAUUGACUCGGCGAGGAUACAGAUGAUGAAGACAAUGGUACCAAUCUGGACUAGUUUUGAAGAUUUUCAGACUACGUUGUCAGAGUUUUUACAAAUGAGCCUUAUCAACGUGCUGAGCCAGUGAGAAGUACACAUUAGAAGCAGCCCCACCCUCCCUACCCCUUUUUCCUCACACACACACACGCACGCACGCUCACAACCCAGGACCUGAGGACUGACUGACUGGCUGUUGCUGUUGCUGCUGCUGCUGUGCAAACUCACAGGAGUGCCUGACCAGUAGAUUGAUUGCACAGUUUGGAAGGAGGCUGACUGUCUGUCUGCAGUGCGAUAGAUUCGAGAUCUGAUUCCUACACUGCGAGAAUGACUUGGAUUCGUGUUUGCGUCACCAUGUUUGGGGCCUAUGUCUUCCUGGUACUCCAUGCUAGAGAAAGCUGCUUCUGGAUCAACAUGGUGUGCACGCUGGGGAAUAAGUAUGGAGCAACACAAGCAUGCUUCACACUAAAGCAGCUAUAAAUCAUGAAUCCUCCCCUCAUGCAAUCAAACAGUCACAUUCCAGUACAUCUUAUUUUGCCAGAAGUGUUCUCUUGUGCAAGCGGGUCAGAACCCAGACCACAUGCUCCUCGGCACGGGUGUAAAACCCGGGGAGUCCAAAAGGGCUCAGGGCGGCUCGACGGUGUCUCCUGAGGACGCUCCCCGCUUCCUGAGCUGUUACUGUUCAGGGCACUGUCCCGAAGACGCUAUUAACAACACCUGCGAGACGAACGGGCAGUGUUUUGCCAUCAUAGAGGAGGAUGAGCAUGGAGAGACUCUCCUGACAUCAGGCUGCAUGAAGUAUGAAGGCUCUGACUUUCAGUGCAAGGACUCCCCAAGAGUGACACCCAGGCGGACUAUCGAUUGCUGCCAAACAGAUUUCUGCAACCGGGACCUGCAGCCCACACUGCCACCACCCACUGAGAAAGACCCCCUCUUUGGCAGUGCCCACUGGCUUGCCUUUUUGAUCUCUGUGACAGUCUGCAGCAUCGCGCUCAUUGUGAUCACUGUCAUCUGCUACUACAGGUAUAAGUGGCAGACAGAGAGACGGCGCUAUAACAGGGAAAUGGAGCAGGACGAGGCCUUCAUCCCUGUUGGGGAAUCGCUUAAAGAUCUGAUUGACCAUUCACAGAGCUCUGGGAGUGGGUCCGGGCUCCCUCUGCUGGUACAGCGCACUAUCGCCAAGCAGAUCCAGAUGGUGCGCCAGAUCGGGAAGGGGCGUUACGGUGAGGUGUGGCUCGGGCGCUGGCGAGGAGAGAAGGUGGCGGUCAAGGUGUUCUUCUCCAGAGAGGAGGCCAGCUGGUUCAGGGAGACGGAGAUCUACCAGACCGUGCUUAUGAGGCACGAGAACAUACUGGGCUUUAUUGCUGCGGACAUCAAAGGCACGGGUACGUUCACGCAGCUCUUCCUGAUCACGGAUUACCACGAGAACGGCUCUCUCUACGACUAUCUGAAGUUCACCACGCUGGACACCAAGUCCCUGCUGAAGCUGGCGUACUCGGCGGCCUGCGGCCUGUGCCACCUGCACACAGAGAUCUACGGCACGCAGGGCAAGCCCGCCAUUGCGCACCGUGACCUCAAGAGCAAGAACAUCCUGAUGAAGAAGAACGGCACCUGCUGCAUCGCUGACCUCGGCCUGGCCGUCAAAUUCAACAGUGACACGAAUGAGGUUGAUAUCCCGCUGAACACGCGCGUUGGUACACAGCGCUACAUGGCGCCCGAGGUGCUGGACGAGAGCCUGAAUAAGAACCACUUCCAGGCCUACAUCAUGGCGGACAUCUACAGCUACGGCCUCGUCAUUUGGGAGAUGGCUCGCCGCUGCGUCACUGGAGGUAUCUUGGAGGAGUACCAGCUGCCCUACCACGACAUGGUGCCUUGUGACCCAUCCUAUGAGGAGAUGCGGGAGGUAGUGUGCGUGAAAUGUGUCCGUCCCGCUGUGUCCAACCGGUGGAACAGUGAUGAGUGUCUGAGGGCGAUGCUGAAAUUGAUGUCUGAGUGUUGGGCCCAAAAUCCCGCCUCCCGCUUGACAGCUCUACGGGUCAAAAAGACACUUGCCAAAAUGGUAGAAUCGCAGGACAUCAAGAUAUGAGCACACUCGAGACAGGAGGAAAGACUCUUGAAGAUUCUUAUUGUUGUAGUUAUUAUUAUUAUUAUUAUUAUUAUUAUUAUUGCUAAAAUUACAGUUGUUAUGAAUGGGGCUGAAUGGAUUUGCCUCGUGAAAACUCAUAUUCACUCCCACUGCAUGCCUAGGUAAGGAGGCUAAACUGAAGUACUUUCAGCUGAAAGGCAGUGCAGAGAGAGCGACAGGACUGGGCAUGGCUGUGGAGACACGUGGAGCUUGUGUUUGGUAUUACUGUUGAGGACAGCUUUCUGUGUUGCUCGCUAUAUACUCCAGCACUGUAAGGGGAGAGUGAAAAAGACAAUGCAGAACUUGGUUCCCCUUCUCUUGAUCUCCAACUGCAAAAAACUCUGGUAAUGGGAGAUGGAUGAACUCCACAGAUUUAGUGCUUUCCGUGAAAGCUAUAUAUAUAUAUAUAUAUAUAUAUAUAUAUAGAUAUAUAUAUAUAUAUAUAUAUAGAUAUAUAGAUAUAUAUAGAUAUAUAUAUAUAGAUAUAUAUUAUUUUAUGAAAAAGAAUUUACUUUGCAGCUGGCUCAUUUUUAAAGGAAAAAAAGAAAGGUUAAAAAAUCAAUCAGGGGUUAUAUACAUUGAAAACGAACAUAGUCGAGUCAUAGUUUGAGUGUUUUUUUGGUUUGUUUACAGCCAAGCUAAUUGUUAGUGCCAGGACUUUUAUUUGUAUUUUUUUUCCAGCCAUAUUAAAAAAGAAAAAUACAAAAAAAAAUACAAAAAAAUAAAAACGGAUUCCCAACUUUUUUCCAAGUUUUAAUGCAAAUUAAUAAUUACAAGGAAAGGUAACAGGAUUCUCUUUGUAUUUAACAUGUAAGUAGAAACUCAACCGGCCCAGGACGUUGUGCCUACAUUAAGACUGUUCUGUUGUUUUAAGCCUGACUGACUUUAAUUUGUGCCACUAGCUGUGAACGUAAUCACAACGCACCCUUUUGGAAAAAGAAGCCGAUUCGUCUUUGUGCAAAAUAUAUACAGAGCCCUUCUUACACAGAGAGAGUAGAACAUCUCUGGUGAGGAUGCCUUAAAUUCAAACAAAGCUACGACCCUCUUCAGAUCUGGUAGUUUUCACUUUUUAUUAUAAGAAAAACAACAACUUUAAAAUGAGUGAAAUAAAAAAAAAACAUCCUCAAGUGUGAUUUUUAAUUGGCAAAGUGUAUUAAAAAGAAUAAUAACUAUAAUUAAUCCGGUUUUUUUUAUUUUUGUAAUUGUUAAAAUAAAUUUUCUUUACCUGUAGUUGAUCAGAAUCUUUUUUGUUUUUUUUUUGGGGGGGGGGGGGUGGGAGAAGCCAUAAGUUGCAGGAUUUAUUUUGUUGUUGUUACUAUUAUUUUUUAUUUUUUUUUAACUGAAAUGCUGAAUGGAUGUAGACCUGCAUAUUCUCAAUGGGGCGGUAAAGGUAAAGGAGAUGCUUUCUGUGUGCAGCUGUUCAGGACUCUUCUGUUUUUGAGUUGUUCCUGUUUGUACCUGUAUUUUCCAGGAUCCUGUUAUUGUGUAUCAGCUGGCAGGUGUUUACUGUGAGCUUGGACACCCCUAAAUUCACCUGAGAUUAACUUUGGACAACCUAGUAUGAAUUGUUUGUUUGGCAUCGCAUGUUCGAGGAAUGCCUCAUUCUGCUCAGCAAAUGUAGUAGUUUUAAUGGCUAUGUAUUUAUCCAUGUGGCCAUAUACUGAACAGUAUUGGGUCUACCUCCUGCAUACUGCACACUCUCUGUGUGAAAUUUAAUUUUGCUAAUAUGAAUGUGUGUUGUAGUCUGGGAAAAUAAUCCCAGAGACGGAUACAAUGCAAUUACAAUUACAGUGGUAUUAUUCAUCAUUAAAACAAAAUCCUAUUCAGGCCGUGGCUACAAUAGAGAAGUGUGUGUAGCUGGUUUUCCUCCUGUGUCUCCGGGAAACUGUUAUUUAAGAGUCAUUCAAACCAAACCUGAAGAUGCUUGUCUGUCUUAUAAAAGGUUAAGAAAUCUAAAUAUUUUCCGUUUUUCUCAAUAGCAUUAACCCCCUCUGCAUUGGGCAUUCCAGUUUGAUAAUUUACCUUGUCUCCUUGAAGCGCCCUCAACCUCGACUCAAAGCUAGGCCAAUUAGUGCUUAAUUAUAAACCUCAAAGAUCAUGCCAUGCAAUCAGAUCAGAUCUCUCCUCAUUGGCAUACUUUAGAAUCUUAAUUGGCAGCUUAGUUUCGUCUAAUGCCAUCCAGUUCCUGCUGUCUCAUAUCAUCUCACUGUCGCCAGAGUCGAUUAUCUAGCAGGGGAAGCUUGCUAUGUGUUUGCUGGCACUGUUGAAGAAGACUUUCCAUUUACUUGCAUUGUGUCUUCAUUAUUUAAACAACUUGUGUCAAAACCCACCUGAGUAAUCCAUUGUGAAAAGUCUGUUAAGCAGUGAAACAAUGUAUCAAAUAUUUAAACGUGUCAAAAUAUCUCCUAGCGCUUCUGGUUUUACAGUAGCUUGCAAUUUUGCCUUUGGCCACUAAAUAUGUUCAAAGUUAAUUUGAAUAUUUUGUGUUAUAAGUCUUCCCUAAUUGUCUUCAGUGUUACAGAGCUUAACUUCUGGCAUAUUUCAGUUAUCCUGUAGUCUUCAGAAGCGUUGGUGAUCUGUAACACUGAAGAAAGGUGCAGGUUUUAUUUAUUUAUUGCCAAACAACAUUUGAAAAUGUUAACUUAGCCAGACAGACAACAAUGUAUUCUGUUCUGUUUUGCUUCAGCCAAAAACAUCAUGGCUGCAAUAUGCUACAUGUAGAUGGGAAGGGGUACCUAUUAAUUUGAAUGUGGGGUGGGAUAAAAGUGCUGCCUUUACCUUCCUGCUAUCCUUGCCACUGAGAUUAGCGACCCCUCUGUGCCUGCAUUCCCUGCACGUUGCUGCAGGCAUCCUAGCGGACACCUACUGUACACUCCCCCGUACCUGUGAUGUCACACUACAGAGAGAACACUGGCUGGGGGCUGGUGUCAAGAGUUUACAAACGAAAAUUUAAGCAGAGAGGUUUGGAUUCAGUUAGAAAACGUGGGGCGCAAGCAAUGGCAAGUCUAAAGGAGCAUCUCUGUUAACCCUACCUGCUAUCUAUCUGCCAUGAUUGUGUUAUUCUGCCCCCACCCCCUCAAUACAAAAUACUUUUUUAUUAUUACAUGUGGAACGGAUUUGGGGUCAAUUCAGUUGAUCUGAACAGCGGCAGGUCUAAAUGCAUUGUCAUAAGUAGGACUGGUUAUUUUCCUCGAGACUAAAGUUAAAUACACUGGAGGCUAGUUUGACAGACCCUGAUUAGCACCAAUAUUGAACUAUCCAUUAGUAGUAAGGUAGUCCACCACUUUUAAUCAAGGUCAGUGAAUCCAGAUAUAAGAGACUCACAGAUCCACCGCUGUGUUAGAUCAAUUGAAUUGACCCCUUUGCAUGUUUGUUUUUUUCCCCCAUUAAAAAUGAUGCCCUUUAUGUCCGUGUUUGUAUGUAUGCUGACCCUUCCUUUUCCUUUUGGUUGGGUGCACUAUGCCCAAUGCCCAGCGAGUUUGUAGUAUAGUAAAUAAUACAAAUGGAAUUAUAAAAAAUGAAUGCAGUUCAUUUAGAAGAUUUGUACAUAGUAAUUGUAAGAUGGGUACACUGAGCAGUGAGCGGUCUCUCUUUUGCCUGUGUUGUAUAUGCAAGAAAAAGAAACCUGUAGAAUAACCUGAAAAAAUUUAAAACCAAUGUAACUCUUCAAAUGUAUUUUGUACAGCAUCUAGUUUUCAAAGGUGCCUUAUUAAGUUUACCAAGGAUAGCAUUUUGCGAGAACUAUGUUCUGUACACAGAUUAUGUCCAAUGUAUCAAUUUUUAAGUAAAAAUAACCUUAUUUUAGUACACAC